CUUAGUGCUUCUAAAAUGGCUGUUCGUUGGUUCUUUCUAGGUUUAGUCAUUUUUGCUUUUGUCAUUGAUACAAUUACUGUGUUCGCUUAUGAUCGCCCACCAGCAAGAGAAACCCUAGCACUUGACCAUUUAUUUGAUGAUAUUUCUUCAUCCUCUCCUCAACAGGUUCACAUUUCUUUAGUUGGACAAGAUAAGAUGAGAAUAACUUGGAUAACGGAGGAUCAUGACACUACGGCAACCGUGAAUUAUGGUACAACGGAAGGGAAUUAUGAUUUGUCUGUGACCGGUACUGUUUCAAAGUAUAAGUACAUGCUUUACAAGUCUGGAGAAAUUCAUGAUGUUGUCAUAGGGCCAUUGAAACCCGACACUGUAUAUUACUACCGUUGUGGGUCUGACACAGAUCGUGAAUUCAGCUUCAAAACUCCUCCGUCUCAAUUUCCGAUCAAAUUCGUGGUUGUUGGUGAUCUUGGCCAGACAGGAUGGACGAAUUCAACCUUAACUCACAUCGCGGCAUCAACUUACGAUGUUGUGCUCUUACCAGGGGACUUAUCUUACGCGGAUGUUCUCCAACCAAUGUGGGAUAAGUUUGGACAACUCGUAGAACCGCUUGCAAGUAGCCGUCCAUGGAUGGUAACACAAGGCAAUCAUGAGGUUGAAAAAAUUCUACUGUUUCAUUCUAAAUCAUUUACAGCGUAUAACGCUAGAUGGCGUAUGCCCUAUGAAGAAAGUGGUUCAAAUUCGAACUUGUACUACUCGUUUGAGAUUUCUGGGGUUCAUGUUAUUAUGUUAGGGUCUUAUGCAGAUUUUGAAUCUGACUCCGACCAAUACAAAUGGCUCCAAGCUGACUUGGCUAAGAUAGACAGGAGUCUAACACCAUGGGUAUUUGUACUCAUCCAUGCACCAUGGUAUAGCACCAAUAAAGCUCACCAAGGAGACUAUGAAUCUGUUGGAAUGAAGGCAGCCAUGGAAGAGUUGAUAUAUAAAGCUCGUGUGGAUGUUGUUUUCGCUGGUCAUGUUCAUGCCUACGAGCGUUUUACUCGUGUUUACGCUGACAAAGCUGAUAAUUGUGGUCCGGUGUAUAUAAUAAUUGGAGAUGGAGGCAAUAAGGAAGGCCUUGCUAGCAAUUAUAUGGAUAAUACAAGUAUAUCAGUGUUUAGAGAGGCAAGUUUUGGACAUGGGAGAUUAGAGGUGGUGAACGAAACCUACGCAUCGUGGAGUUGGCAUAGAAAUCAGGAUGACCAACCUGUUUCUGCCGAUACUGUUUGGUUGAAAAGUUUGUCAUCGGAUCCUGCUUGUAUGAAGCAAUAGUGAAUUACACUAUUAAGAUCCGUUAUGUGAAAAAUCUAUUCAUUAUAUAAGUUCUUUGUAUGUUCAUACGCUAUAUUACAUGAUAGAAUAGCACAAAAUAAAAAUCAGCAGUUGCAUGUUUGUUUGAUGCAAACUACAAAAAAUA